AUGCCCAAACAUUACUGGGAGGAAACAACUUUGGUCCCUGUAAUACACCAGAGACGCACUGCUGGCCCUCCGUGCUGUGGGAAGCUUCCCACCCCCCCAACCUGCCGGAGGAACAUUACGAUCUACGGCUCCGAGGAGGAGACGUCUCCGUUAGAAGGGGAAGGAGGGGAGGAGUACCGCAGCGCCUCAGACGGGAGAGGCAACAGGCCGCCUUUACCCUCCAUGAUACUCAGUAAUGUUGAGGGUCGCUACGGAGGAAAAUGGAAGAGCUGCGGAUCAACGCUUCAGCCUGUUUCGAUUGCCAAGCCAAGUCCAGAUUCUCGCACCACCGGACACCACCGGACACCACCGGACACCACCGGACACCACCGGACACCACCGGACACCACCGGACACCACCGGACACCACCGGACACCACCGGACACCACCGGACACCACCGGACACCACCGGACACCACCGGACACCACCGGACACCACCGGACACCACCGGACACCACCGGACACCACCGGACACCACCGGACACCACCGGACACCACCGGACACCACCGGACACCACCGGACACCGGAACCCCGGACACCACCGGACAGGCUUCAGAAGAGGCCGGCUAG